GCACCCUACCUACCUACCUACCCUUUCACUCAACUUUGAUCUUCUACACUGACACUCUCUCUAAACCUCACUACCUCUCACUUUCCCCGCCAAAAAAAACCAAAUCACCACAAUGUCCUCCUCCAAGGACGACCUCAAAGCCCACGCGGCCUCAACCGAGGACUUCUACGCGCUCCUGGACAUCUCCCCGGCGGCAGCCGAGACCGAGAUCCGACGCGCCUACCGCCGCACCGCCCUGAAGUACCACCCGGACAAGAUCGCCAACCCGACGCCGGCCGACAUCGACAAGUUCCACCUCCUGCAGAUCGCCUACGAUGUCCUCUCCGACCCGGCCGUGCGGCAGCUCUACGACAACGCGCGCGAGGCGCGCCAGCGCAAGCAGCGCGAGCGCGAGAUGAUGGAUUCGGCCAAGCGGAAGAUGCGCGAGGAUCUGGAGGCGAGGGAGCGCGCGGGCGCCGCAGGGCAGCAGCAGCAGCGGCGGGGGGUGAAGAGGUCGUGGAUGGGGACGAUGGCGGAUGGGGAUGAUGAUGCAGAAGCAAAGUUGCAGAGGGAGAUCGAUCGGAUUGCGGAGGAUGGGCGGCGCAGGCGACGCGAGGCAGAGGAGAAGAUCAAGCUGGAGAUGGAGGAGGAGGAGAAGCUGAUGCGGCUGGAGGAGGAGGAAGCUAGGAAGGCGGCCGAUCGGAGCUCGCAGAAGGUCGACCGGUCGCGGGAAGGCGGGGGCACGAAUGUCCCCGAGCUGGAGCGCGGGGUGAAGGUGCGUUGGGUGCGUGAGGGCCGCGGCUUGGAUCUGGAUGCGGAGCGCUUGAGGGCGCUCUUUGCGCCGUUUGGCAAGGUCGAGAAUGUGCUGCUUCUCAAGGACAAGAGGCAGCGGCUGGGCGACAAGCGCGAGAAGAAGACCGUCGCGACCGGGGUGGUCAUCUUCGCCUCCAUUGUCAGCGCUCACGCUGCUGUUCUGGAUGGUGAGAAGAAGAAAGCAAGCAACGAUGCCGGCAGUGACUGGUCGGUCGUUGAGUCGGUCUUCUGGGCAUCGGGCGCUCAGCCUGAGCUCGGCGCGGAGGCUUCGAACGGCACCUCAUCGUCCGCUCCCGGCUCAGCAGCAGACAGCGCUCCUACACCAGCAGCAGCUCCCAAACCGUCGUUCAACUUCGCCGGAUUGAAAGCGGCAGGCACUGCCAGUGCUGCCAAAGGUCCCGCAAAGGCGCCCUCCUUCGGUUCCUUUGCCUCCGCGGCCGCCAGCUCCCCGAAGCCUGCCCCUACCGCUGGCGCUCCCAACGGAUCGAGUGCCCCGAGUCUGGAAGAGUUGACCUUGAUGCGAUUGCGGAACGCCCAGCGGGAGAAAGAACGCAAAGCUCUGGAAGAGCAACUGCGAAAGGAAGACGAAGCCGCAGAUGCUGCAGAGGCCGCGGCCGCCCAAGCCUCCUAAGGUUGGUCGCAUCUCGGCCGCUGUCGGUGGACCCCGGCAAUCGCCUGGUCUUGUUGUAUAUAGAAAGUUUUCCUGCUGUAGCAUAGAGAUACCCAUACUAAAGAAUUACGAC